GAAAGUGACAAGAAGACGCGCUUCAUCUGCUUCAUCGGCAACCUGCCGUUCAGCGCGACGACGGAGAGCGUGCGGGCGCACUUUGCGUCAGUGCAGCCGACGGGGGUGCGCAUGCUGACGGAGCGCGCCAACCCCAAGAAGUCGCGAGGCAUCGCCUUUGUCGAGUUUGGCCGCUUCGACCACAUGAAGACGUGCCUGGAGAAGUUCCACCACACCGAGUUUGACGACGGCCUGUCGCCCGCGCGCAAGAUUAAUGUGGAGCUGACAGCCGGCGGAGGCGGCAAGACGGCCCAGCGCAAGCAAAAGAUUACGGAGAAGAACAAGAAGCUCAAUGAGGAGCGCGUGAACCGGAUGCAGAGGGAGGAGGCCGCCAAGCUGGAGAAGGCCAAGGGCGGGGACAAGACCAAGAAGGCCGAGCCCGCGUCUGACGGCUUGACCCAGAAGCAGCGGGAACAGCAAGAACAGAACGCCAUACACCCGAGUCGGCGGAAUUGGGUCCAGCAUGCAAAGAAAUAG